AUGGAGGCAGGACCACUGGCUGCGACGGCAGGCGUCAGCACAAGCACCGCUAACGCUGCACCCAUCGCGGCCGGCACGCAGCUGCCCGGCAGCGAUCCUGCGGCAGCCGCAAAGCCUGCAGGCAGGAGCCGGAUGUACCCUGAUGAGCCGCGCGUCGGUGUGGGCGUGGUGGUGUUCCGCGCGCCCCACGACAGCAGAAACCCGGAGGUGCUGCUGGUGAAGCGCGCCAAGGAGCCGGCCAUGGGCCUGUGGUGCUUUCCUGGCGGCAGUCUCGAGCUGGGUGAGAGCCUGGCGGCAUGCGCUGUCAGGGAGGUGCUGGAGGAGGCCAGCAUCAGCCUGCGCUGCGACACCGCCCCGGGUGACGACAGCAGUGACGCCACCGCUGACGUCAGCGCCCUGGGCAGCUACGACCCGGCCGACGACAGCGAGGGCUUCAGCAAGGGGCUGCGGCGGCCGACGGCGUUUGCUGCCGUGGACUCGAUCGUGCGGGGAGAAGGGGGGCGCGUGAAGUUCCACUACGUCGUGGUGGAGGUGGCUGCCAUGGCGCGCGACCCUAACGCGCAGCCGGUGGCGGGUGAUGAUGUCAGCGAUGCGGUGUGGAUGCGGGUGGACGACUUGCGGGGGCUCGGAGACAAGCUUGUGGUCAACUGUGAGAGGCUGGCGCGGGAGGCGGUGGAGCGGUUCAGGCUCACGUGA